AUGAUUAAUUUAGUUUUACUACUCGUCGCAGCAGCGCUAGUAUCGGCGCAAUUCUCUUUCGAAGCCAACGCUCAAAUUGACAACACUAAAGUUGACAUGGAUAAUAAUUUACAAGGUAAUUUGUUACCAACCCAACGCAGGCGCCUUCGGAAGUACGUCCGGAUCUCAAUACCGCCACCAGAGCGCGCUCGCUUCGUUUCCGGGAAGAGGCUGGAGCUAGAGUGCGAAGCGAUGGGCUCACCAGCGCCCUCUGUGCACUGGCUGUUGAACGACGAACCAGUAAUUGAUUACGAAGAAGAAGCCAACGAGAUCCCGACCAGUCAUCCCUCGAACCUCGCGCGUCUCACCAGCAAACUCAUUGUCCCAUCGGCCCGGGAUGGAGACGUAUUCACAUGUGUAGCGACUGCCGGGAUCAAAGAGGACUCAGCUUCCACCACCAUCUACUCAGAAGGCGCAGAAACACCUCAACUGCUGACUCUAGAAAAAUUGUUCAGUAUCCCAUCAAAACCUGUCAUCACCACCUUUUACAAUGACGUACUGCAAGAGAUCGGUACCACACUGAUCCUGCCGUGCCGAGUGUACAGUCAAACCGAACACCAGGUCUUCUGGCAGGACAGUCGAGCCAAUCUGGUCUAUAGCAACUCGAGGAUACGGGUGCUGCCAUCUGGUGACUUAUUAAUUGCCGGCUUGCGUUGGGCGGAUAUGGGCGAAUGGACGUGCACCGCUAAAAACAUGUACGGGAAAGAUUCCGCUACUACUUUCCUCUACCCAACGAAACCUAGGCAACAGUAA